GGCUGGGCUGGGCUGAGGGCGUGCACACGGGUAGCCGGCGGACGCCUUUGCUGGGCGAAGCCGCCAGCCCUGCUUGGAGGCGCGGCGGCGCGUUCUCCUGCCUGCCUUCGGGCGCUUCCCGUGAACCUCUGGCGGGGCCAUGGCGGGAAGCCUGCGGCAGAUCGCUCUGGCCGGCGCCGCGGUGGCCGUCACCGGAGGGGUCGCUUAUGCGGUGUGGAGGAGCUAUUUCCCCGCCAAAGCUCCUCCGGGGCCCUGCCCGCCUCAGGAGCCUUUGCUCAGCGCCCCAGAAGGAACCGCCCUCGGCUGCACCCCGGAGCUGCAGGAUAAGCCAUCCAGCAAACAAAUCUUGGUUCUGGGCCUGGACGGGGCUGGAAAGACGAGUGUUCUCCACUCCCUAGCAACUAACCAAGUAAAGCGUAGCACGGCUCCCACAGAGGGCAUCAACGCUGUUUGUAUCAACACCGAAGAGACAAAGAUGGAAUUCCUAGAAAUUGGAGGCAGUGAGCCUCUAAGGGACUACUGGAAGAUGUACCUGCCGAGAGUCCUGCUGCUCAUCUAUGUCGUGGAUUCAGCGGAUCAUGAACGCUUGCCCAUUGCAAAGCAGCUUCUUCACCAGCUGGUCCAGAGUAACUCGACUUUGCCUGUUAUGGUUCUGGCCAAUAAACAGGAUCUUGAACACGCAUACUGUAUCACAGACAUUCAUGAUGCAUUGGCGUUAUCUGACCUUGGAGACAAGAGAAAGAUGUUCUUGAUCGGUACACAUGUGGCAAAAGAGGGCCUGGAGAUCUCUUCAAGCUUGAAGGACACACGGGAAUUGAUUUCACAACUGGUGUCAGAAACUCUGUGAUAGGAAUUGCACCACGAAGGGGCAGAGAGUAUUUUUGUAUUGCUAGCUAUAAAUCCUGGUACUUCACAUUU